UUUUUCGAUAAGAUGCCUCCCAAAUUGUCUAAAAAAGAGAGAAAAUUGGAAAAGCAGAGGAAAAUUCAAGAAAAAAAAUGCCUUCUCCUACGGCAAUACUUGGAAAGGGAAGUGAAGUACGGAAAUGUAACAAGGAAAAAGCACGAGAUCAGUUGGAGAAAGCUAGUUGAGAAAAUUGGCUUGGAAAAGAUGCGAGACGAUUUAGAAUACACGUGGCAGCUAUUCGAAUGGGCCCUUGAUAUUAAAGAUUGCUCCAUUUCCGCAUUGAUGGACGAAUUAGAUAAAUCGAAUGAGCAGUACUUGAUGACCUUACAAAAUCAUAAUAUGGUUAUAGGUGAAUUACUGCACAAUAUGCACGAAAAUCUCGAAUUGUUGAACAGGGAUUUCUUGAGAUCGCUUCAAAAUAUGAAAGAUUAUUAUAAUGAAAAGAACAAGGAGUAUCAAGAAAAAUGUGAAGAGGACCAACGUAUCAUGAAAACCUUACUCUACAGAAUGCAAGUUGACAACGAUAAAGCCUGCAGAGAUCAGAUGACACACUAUUUUUGUGCAAUGGAAUCAUUCAUAUCGGCAGAGAACCAGCGUGAAAGCAAUGAAGUGGUCUACAGCAAAAAGAUGGCAAAACUGUGGAACAAAUCCAAUGCUGCCUUGAAUGAACAUAUCUCCAGAAGCGAUAACUACAGAGCUAAAACACAAAAAGACAGGUCGGCUUUGGAGUUAUCCUUGAUCACGAUAAAAAAAAAUUUGAAGAAAAUAGUUUAUUUUGUGGAUGUCAUAAAAAAAUUGCAGGCGAAGCUAUUGUUCCUCUAUAAGACUGACGGGGAGAAUUUGAGGAAUUUGAACAAAAACCACGAAGAAUUCACCACAUAUUUAUUCAUUCUCAAGAACAAACUCUUCAGGGAUAAUACCCUAGAUACAAAUAGGGGGAAAUUACUCGUUCAUGGGUGCCAAAAUACUUUGGAUCAUUUCAGAAAGAUCUGUAGGAAAGGAGAAAUGAUAAUCAGGUUGAUGAGCGUGAACAGAAGGUACGAAACAUCUUCGGAAAAAGUGUUACCGUAUCCGAGUCAGGAUUCCUACAGAUCAUCUAGAUUGGAAAUUCACAAAGGGAAUUCGUUGGACGAAAAACUAAUCCUCUUUUACCAAAAAAUGGCUACCGUAGACGCCUCCAGGAUUGCCUUGGUCGAAGAGAAAAAAUUGCUCCAGUUAGAACGAAUGCAAAUAAAGAAAAAAUUUCAAGAUUUCUGUGAAUGCCUAGAUUGCUUCAACAAAUUUCCCAGACCCAAGCGCGAGAAGAAACUGAAAACCUUCGGCUAUUUCGAAAGAACGGAAAUGACCACAUUCUACGGAUGGAAACAUCAGAUGAGAGAAGAUAUGGCGACAAAACAAAAAUUGCGCGAGAUCAGAAAGAAAAUGAUUCCAGAUGAGGUGGAUGAACAACUGAACAUAGCAAAGGAGAAUGCGCAGAAUCUGGAAUAACGGAGUUUUGUAACUGUGGUUUUUUUAAAUGAGUGGACAUAUGAUUCUGCCAUUUUUAUACAUGAAGUAUAUUUUGACAUACAGGGCGUCCAUCCGGAGGUUGAUUGGUAGGAUGGAAAUAUGCGAGGGCUAAAUUUGAUGAGCUGAUGUGGCUAUCCUGCCAAAAAUUUUCAGGAAUCUUAUGCUUCCUUUUAUGGAAGGAAAUGCAUAUUUUUCUUUGAAGAUUCCGUAUGCAGAAUGAAAAUGUUGAUGAUUUUUGCAUUUUUUUUUUGUGAAUUAUGUUUCUUCUAGUGUGGAAAAGGAACUUAUUUUUGCAUUAUCAGACAAUGAAAUUCAUUUCUUAUUUCUUAUGCAAACAAAUCAGAAAUUUAAAUAACGUAUGGACAUACGGCAAAAUAAUAUGAAUUUCCCAAUAUUUUGCAUAAUAUUCAUGCAAAAUACUCUUAAUUUUUCAAUGCUGAAAUGCUGAAUUAUAUCGUACGAUUCCAUUAGGAUAAUUAUACAUUCAUAAUUUCUUCAAUAAUUUCAAGUAUUGCCAGAUGACUACUGCUGAUAAUUAGCGAAAAAGGUUCAUACAUUACAAACGAUUCUACAAGAAAUGAUAUAUAUAUCUACAUAUACAUUGUUAUUAUGUGUAAAGACCCACUAGUAAUUUCCACCUUAUUAAAGAUCUAUGCAGUUUACAGAUAUACUGCCUGUAUACACGAUUUUAUUUAAUUUUCAUUAGUCGCUUAUUGUAAACGAAUCAUUAAUUCUUAGUUUGUUAUAAGUAUAUUUUUUAUUUAUUAAUCUAUGUUGAAUAUAUUUUUACACAAAA